AUGACAGUUAUAUCGCUGUGGGGCGCAAUUUUGAAGGGAUUAGGAUUUAGCGUUAUUGCCUAUUUUCUGUUCCUUGGGCUGCUCACCGUCCCCUGGUUCCAAGACCAAGCAAUCUAUCUUCAUAGCGUGAAGCUCACCUGGUUUCAAGAUCUUAGUCACAUACUUCCGCUCGGGUUGUACCAUCAGCACGAAGAUACUCUCAUCCAGGAACCCGAUGGGAUAACUUCGGACAUCAAACAGAGGAGUGCAUUCAAACUCCUACGAGAUGACCCAACAGCCCUCCUCGUACUAUACUUCCACGGUGCCGCGGGGACUCUGGGAUCAGGUUGGCGGCCGGCCAGCUACCGCGCUAUGUACGCCGGUGCCCCAGACAAAAUCCACACUGUGGCCAUCGACUAUCGAGGGUUUGGGUCCAGCACAGGGGCACCUUCAGAGGAGGGUCUUUUGACUGACGCCAUUACCGUCGUGGAGUGGGCUAUGCAUGAGGCUGGGAUAUCGCCUUCGAGGGUCGUUAUUUUCGGCCAGUCCAUGGGAACCGCAGUGUCCAUCGCCCUGGCCGACUACUAUGCCGCUCUGCCAGAUCCAAUACUCUUUUCCGGCAUGGUGCUGGUUGCGCCAUUCGCUGAUGUCGAGCUUCUGACAGCAACAUACCGCAUUGCUGGCACCAUCCCACUCCUUGGCCCACUUUCACCCUUCCCGAGGCUCCUAGCAUUCUUCAACACAUUCAUCCAGAGCAAAUGGUCUAAUAAGGACAAGUUGGCAUCGUUUGUACGUGCCUGUGAGCGCAUACCGGGCAACGACAGGAAAUAUCAUGUCGCCAUUAUCCACGCUGAGGACGACUAUGACAUCCCUUGGUCCCACAGUGACCGACUAUUCUGGCAUGCUGUGAACGCUUCGCGGCCGCAGGGCAUUGGGUUUGAGGAUUGGGAGGAGGAAAAGGAGCAAAUUAAGAAGCCACUCGGCCCAACCGGGUGGGUCGCUGAGCACCGGACGGAAAAGGGGAUUAUGAAGGAACAGAUCACAAAAUGGGGGUUGCAUGAUAUGAUCAUGUCGUAUCCCGCAGUAAGCUUAGCUGUCCUGCAAGCUUUUACGGCUCGGAAUAUGGGGAUUGUACAGCCACAUGGAGAAUGA